AUGGCGUUCUCCAAAUCCCUGGCUUUCUGUCUUUUCGCCCUUCUUUUGGUGGUGAUUGUGGAGCAAAGCAGUGCCCAAUACUACGGAGGCUACGGCUAUGGUGGCUAUGGGUAUCCCGGAUAUGGCGGAUACGGCUACGGGUACCCUGGCUAUGGAGGAUAUGCUGGCUAUGGAUACUACGGAAAGAGAGCUGCUGGAUUUUCGCCGGAAAGCGUCAGUAAUUAA